AUGGACUGCAACCUCUCUGACAACAACAACAACAACAACAACAAUAACAUCAACUAUGCCUACCAAAACGGUGGUGACAACCACAUCACGUACCGCAACAGCUACCGCUCCCCCCGGGCCAACGUUCUCGGGCACACUUCCAAACUGCAACGCCUGGCACCUGGUGCAAGCAAGCCAGGACUGUAUUACCCUCGCCAGCCUGCACGGCAUCACGCUAGCCCAGUUCCUCCUUUCCUCUCCCGAAACCCCGUCCUAGUGGCUGGGGCUGGGGCUGGGGCUGAGUCUGACGCUUGUGCCUUGCUCAAGAACCGCUACUACUGUGUGGGCGCCUACGACUACGACCAGGGGCCCGAGCUGAGCGACCUGCCGCCGCUCCCUACCGUAACAACCCAGCUGUCGCCUAUCCCGUCCGACACGGCCGCGAGGAACUGCACGGCGUGGUACAUGGCCCCGGCGGGAGGGGGCCUCACUUGCCGGGAGCUUGUGCUGAUAUUCGGACGCUUCUCGUCGGAUGAUUUUGCGCGGUGGAAUCCCUCUGUUGACUGCCGCCGCCGUGUUGAUGGAAGUAGUGCGGAGGAGGAGGAGAAGUCGCUCGAGCCGAAAAUGUGGUACUGUGUCGGAGUACCGGGGACACCUACUACACGGACGGAGCCGCUGCCCACUGCCAACGCCCCCUUGUAA